GGCGGUGACAGGAGCUGCCGCUGGAGCCUAGGGCGUGUGUGAGGCGGGGGCCGCAGAGCGAGGAGCCGGGCCCGGGCCCCGCUCCCCUCCCCGGCAGCCAGCCGGCCGGCCGCAGGGCCCGCGGGAGCAGCAGCCAUGGCCGCGGGCUGGUGAGGGCGGCCGGGCGCGAUGUUCGUGCAGGAGGAGAAGAUCUUCGCCGGGCGGGUGCUGAGGCUCCAUGUCUGCUCCAUGGAGGGCGCGGAGUGGCUGGAGGAGGUGCCCGAGGACACGACGGUGGAGAAGCUCAAGGAGCGGUGCUUGAAGCACUGUGUACCUGGGAGCUUAGAGGAUCCAAAAAGCAUAACACAUCAUAAAUUGAUCCAUGCUACUUCAGAGAAGGUGCUGACAGAUACAAAAACGGUCUUGGAGGAAAACAUUCAAGAUAAAGAUGUCUUGUUGUUGGUAAAGAAGCGAGCUCCCCCUCCGCCUCCCAAAAUGGCAGAAGUAUCAGCAGAGGAAAAAAGGAAGCAGGAACAGAAAGCUCCCGAUAAGGAUGCUAUUCUCAAAGCAACAGCAAAUAUGCCCUCUCGCAAUGUAGAUCGCACUGUGGCCCACCACAACAUGAGGGAUUUCCAGACAGAGCUUCGGAAGAUCUUAGUUUCACUUAUAGAAGUUGCACAGAAAUUGCUAGCACUGAACCCAGAUGCAGUUGAACUAUUUAAGAAGGCAAAUGCCAUGUUGGAUGAGGACGAGGAAGACAGAGUGGAUGAAAUAGCCCUGCGCCAGCUUACAGAAAUGGGGUUUCCAGAGAGCCGAGCUGUCAAAGCCCUUCGGUUAAACCAUAUGUCAGUGACGCAGGCCAUGGAGUGGUUGAUAGAACACGCAGAUGACCCCACGGUUGAUGCACCACUUCCAGGUCAAACCUCAUUAGAAGCUGCCUCUGAAGUGGGUGCUUCCUCUGCUGGAGCAAUUGCUGGUCCUAGUUUGGAAGCUGGUGGGGAAGAGCCCAAGGAUGAGCUGACUGAAAUAUUCAAGAAGAUCCGCAGGAAAAGAGAAUUUCGUCCUGACCCACGAGCUGUCAUUGCCUUGAUGGAGAUGGGCUUUGAUGAAAAAGAAGUGAUAGAUGCACUCAGAGUAAACAACAACCAGCAAACCGCAGCUUGUGAAUGGCUGCUGGGAGACCGAAAGCCAUCUCCAGAGGAUUUAGAUAAGGGAAUUGACACCACUAGCCCUCUCUUUCAAGCCAUCCUAGAAAACCCAGUGGUACAGUUAGGGCUAACGAACCCUAAAACGCUGUUAGCCUUUGAAGAUAUGCUUGAAAACCCCUUAAACAGCACUCAGUGGAUGAACGAUCCAGAGACUGGACCUGUCAUGCUACAGAUCUCUCGAAUCUUCCAGACGCUGAACCGCACGUAGAGGGGAAUGCCGAUCCACUGUGCCACUUCUUGCUGUCUCUAGCUUCAUGUUUCCUGAACAAGAGGAAACAGAUUUUUUUGGGGGGUGGAAGGGAAAUGAAAGGAGGUCUGAGGGAAGAAGGUAGCGGAGGAAGCAAAAUAUCUUUUUGUUGUUUGGAUAGGCACCUCUCAAAUAAGAGUGUGUGUAGUUAUAGCCAUCCUGAAGUUAAUAGCCUUGUGGAUUUAAUGUUAGAGGUAGAGGUUUGAAGACUUGUUCUGGGGUUGUUUUUUUUUGCUUUCAGGUGGUAGGUUGAAAAUGAAAUAUAUAUCCAAAUACAGGAACAAACUUUUUGAACACAACUGAGCAUCUGAUUGGCGGAGAAAGUAAUAUGAUGACAUUGCCUCAUGUUUCAGUCUUCUUGCUCAAAAGGCCUAGGACAGCAGUUUUACUAGCCGGUGGUUGUAGCAUCUGGCUAGUGUUUACAAAAGGUCACUGACCACUAUCAUAGGAUAGUAAUCAUACUGUUCAUCUCUCUGCAGUGUUAAUUUAUGUCUAUAUCAAAAUACAAAAUGCUUUUUAAAUUGACACUUAGGAAUUUGUUUUUUAAAAUAAGUCCAAAUGUUGAGAGAACAUGGUUUUUAUCCAGACUUGUCUGUCUUG